UUUCCCGAUUUUUGAUCUUAUAAUGGAAAUAAAUUAUUAGGAAUUUUUUUUUAUUAUGUAAACUUUAAGAAUAACCGGAAUUGCUUCCAACUCUCCAAACUACCAUACAACAUAUCGGUUUUUUGAUUGUGAAAGCACGCCAAGUGCAAAGUCAAAUAAUCUUAAAUAAGUAAUGAAGUUAUCUGCCACUUCAUCACAUAAAGCCAUUUAGUCACGCUAACGAAUUUAAUGGUAUAAAUAUUUUUGAUACUGAAAGCCCCUAUAUAGUCGUCUACGUAGCGUCCUACAAAUAAACUGUUCUAAUUUAUCCAUUAAAAAAAUAAUACAUUAAAAGGAAAUUCCAAACAAUUUACAACAAAAUGGAGUCUUUCAAGUCCUUCAAAAAUCGAAAGGGGCCAAGAAAUGUUAUACAUUUUAUGGUUUUAUAUUUCAACAAUUGUUGCAUACAUGGCUUCCGCUACCUCACCAGAGCAAUGCUUAUGUUCUUUGAAAAAUUUCUUUGGUUCACCUUGCUGGUUGUCUCAAUAUAUUUCUGUAUCGUUGUAUGCUUAUCAUCUAUUGAUCGUUACUAUACGAAAAGCACACAUAUCGGAUUGGAGCGAAAUUAUAUCUUCUGGAAUACCACAUUACCGAGUCUAACAGUGUGCCCAAUGGAUCGCCUCAACAUUAGCAUCUUCGCUGAAUAUUGUCGGAAAAACGGCGUUAAAGGAUCACAAAAAGAUAUUCUUUGGGACUUCCUUGAGAACCUGGCCAACUCUACUUACAUUAAUUUUCAAAACAUUCCCGAGAGCGAUCAGAUCGAUCAAGUUAUUAAGGACAUAGGCCUGAAGCCGGAAAACUACAUGCAGUUAAUUUACAAUCUCACCUAUGAUAAAACCUACGAGCCAAACAUCAAUGAGCGCAUCCGCUGUGUGGAUGGUUCGACUUACAUUCAUGUGCGGCAGGUUCUCACUGAGUGGGGAUUGUGCUAUUUGGGUAACUCCAUGCUAACCGACCAGUACAGCUCCAGGUACUUUAUAUUUGGAGAGUCACCGGAGCCCAACAAAUACGAGCAGGAACUUUCCCUUAUUCAAUGUCAGGUGGGUUCGUUUUUUCAAAGGGACACGCAAUUCACAUUAAGGGGCUUUUCGGGACCGGCAAUAAUUGCUUUUGCCCAUUCUGCUUUUGAAGUGAGUAAGGUGGACUCCAAUUCUAAUUACGCUGAAGACGGCAUAAUGUACGACUUGAGCACUGAAGAGAUUGUGGCUGAAGAAAACCUGGAACAUGAAACCACGAUUGCCAUGAGAAAAUGCCGAUUUUACCACGAAUCUAAUCUAACCCAUUAUCCGUUCUAUUCGAGAAAUAUUUGUCAGCAAGAGUGCCGUAUCAAUUUGGCAUAUCGAAUAUGUAAAUGUAUUCCCCACUUUUACCCGAAUCGCAUCGCAAAUCCAAAAAAGGUGUGCGAUUAUAAAACUUUAAGAUCGUGCUUUCCUCGCCACGCAAAAUUUUUUCUCAAGCUGUACGAGGAAAAUGGCAAAGAAGAGAAGCACUCUGGAUGUUAUUGCGAACAGAACUGCCUAGAUGCUGUAGUUACAAUCAAAUCCAUAGACCCAAUGGCAAAUGCCAAACAUUUACUGCAAGGUAUUGGAAGUCAGCUCACAGUCAAAACUUGGCCCCAGACUCGUCUAAAACGCCAAGUUAUAUUUUCAUUGACCGAUCUCUUGGUUUCAAUCGGUGGAACAGCCGGACUUUUUCUUGGAUUCAGCGUUUUGGGCUUUGUUGAAGUUUUAUACUUCUUCACAAUAAGAUUAAUCUGGCAAAUAUUAGGUUAUACCCUUUAAAGCAAGGCAAACACUAACUAAUAUUCAAAAUGCUCAAUCUCAAAAAUAUUUCCUUAGUUACUAACGAUUUUUAAGAAGCUUGUUACAUUAAAAAGAUGUAAUUGGAUAACCAUUACUAAUAAAACGUACUUAUGUGCAUUAAA